AUGGUGCUUUUGUGUGCUGUGCGCAAGAUAUGGGCAUUGAUUCGAGACUUCUGCAGUGGGGAGAGUCAGGAAGAUGGCAGUUGGUGUGAUCUAGUGGACAAAGCUCUACAGUUAGCUGAGAAAAUUCUACCUGAAAUACAACAGCAUCCUGAUAAAAGUGUCAUGGAACAGAUGGAGACAUUAGCUGUUAACCUGUGGAAUUUCACUGUGUCUUUGAAGACUGGCAGAAGACUGUCUUUGCUAUCCAAUGCCAAAUUGCGACACAUUUGUCUGAAGAUUGUUGAGGCCACAGUGACAACCACUGAAGACCACAUGAAAAUAAAGAGGAAAAUUGCUAUUGGCUUAAAAACAGCCAGAGCAUGGCUUGAUACUAGAGAAACUGUGAUGGCUACCAAAGUCUUAGACCUAACAGAUCAAUUUGUGAAGAAGCUGCAGAAGCUGAUAGUAGAUGACAUCAAUAAGUCUGGGUUAUCUAACGUGACAGAAAAACAAAAAACUGAUGUGGAAGAAGACCUAUUCAAACUGCUAUGUUACAAGGCUGAAGCGAGUUUGGAACAAGGUGAUAAUUCUACUGCCAUGGAGCUCAUACAAAUAGCAAAAGAAAUGUUGAUCAAAUUCCCACAUGAGGGAGCAUUUUUGUCCAUGCUGAGCUACAAUUUUGGAGUGGAACUCUACCAGAAGAAGCAAUUUGAGGAAGCUGUGAUUUGGUUAAGGGAAAGUUUUGAAAUGGGAAAAAACCAAACAAACUUGGAGGCCAAAAAUCAGGCCAGAACCCUGAGACUAUUAGCCUGUGUUUACAUGGAGAUGAAUCAGGAAGACCAUAUUCAGAAAGCACUGAAUGCUGUUACUCUGGCUAAUAAUGAACACCCCCAUCCUUCUGGUCUGUUUUUGUACCUCCGCAUUUUGUUAAAAACCAGUGAACCAAAAUCUGUCAUCUGCAAAGCUGUGUCGGACAUCAUGCAGCAGCCUGGGGCGUCACUGGAAGUUGGCAUCAACACAGCACUGCUAUUAUCAAGAAAUGAAAGACAUGAUCUCGCUGUUGGGUUAAUGAAGGAGCUACUGAAGAAGUUUGAACAUACCUCCAACACAGGAGAGCUCCUAAUGGCUAACUUUGAUAUUCUGUUGGCAAGCAAAGACAUGCGGUCUCUUAAGGAGUUUGUGGAAUACUGCAUUGAGGAAAACAAUACUCAUGGAGCCCUGGAGCCAGCAGUAAAGAGAAGAUUCCAUAUUGAGUUCUGGGCUCUCGCCUACACAGCAGAUCAGAAGAAGAAUUAUUCUGAGGCGUUGGACUGGUACAACUUUUCCCUUAGUCUGUACAAUCAUGAGGAAUCGGGGGACCAGAAUCUGGCUCGUCUCCAUAGGAACCGCGCAACCUGUUACCUCAAUCUAGGUCAGAUGAACAAGGCCACAGAGGCAGUCAGUGAGGCCAAAAAGUGGGAUCCUACAUCCAUCAACACAAUGUUCUUGUUGUUCAAGCUCGCCUUAGCUGCAUCUAAUGUAGAACAAGCCAAAGAAAUCCUUCAGAAGAUGUGUAGUGAAGUGGUCAAGUUAGAAAACACAGACAAAGAAAAGGAGGCACAGAAACUUAUCUGUCAGGCAGCUCACAUGGCUUACCAGAGUCACAGGGAAUCGACAGCUGGCCUAGCUUUGGAGUGUUUGGCCAAUUGUAGCUCUGAUCUGGCCCAGACUUUGACUGCUCUUAGGUGUCUCAUCCGGCUCAAACUGUCCCAAGUUGACCAGGACAAGAAUAACAGCAUUGAAGAUAUUGGAAUCUUGCGUGACAUAAGGAUGGCAUACAACAAAAUUAUGCAUGAAGAAGACAAGGGAGGUAAACUGUCCCCUAAACUCAGUGAGGAGGCCAGCUGGUUUAUGAGAGUGGCUUGGAAUCUGGCCCUUAAGUGUGAAGAGAGACCAGGCUUGAUGAAAGAUUUAUAUAUUCUCUGUUCUCAAUAUUCUAGUCUCUGUUAUGAUGAUGAAGAGAACACUUUAACAAGGAAGAAAACGUGUCUAUUGAUGGCUACUGCUGCCUGUUUACAACAGGCCAGGACUGAGGGACUGCCAAACACACUAAGGCAAAAUUAUUUGGAGGAAUCCAUCCACCUCAUCCAUGAAUGUAAAUUGGUAAAUCAGCAAAUCCAGCAGGAAAUGGACUUGGACUCAUCUAUAGAUGCUAGAAACCAGGAUAAAGCAGACACAUUGAUGUUGAUGUAUGAAUUUGAGGCACGCUGUAAACUGCAGGAUCCAUCUGUAGAGGAAAUUAUUGAGGUUUUGCUGAAAAUCCCUAAUCCAGAUCCCAAACCAUUUGAAACAGUAGCUGCUCUGUCAAUGGAAGCCCAAUCCGUUCACAAAAAUAUAGGAGUUCGAGCCCUGAAGAUAGCUAUUAGGAAACAUCUACAGAUGCCAGCAGUGGACUUUGACAGAAUCAGUAAACUGUAUCGUGGUUUGAUACAGCACGCUCUGUCCUUUGUCUCAGACAACACCAAACAGGAAGCUCUAACUCACUACAACGAAGUGGUGGACCUCAUAGACAAAAAAGCACAGACUGAUUACCCAGAGAUGGAAAUCCUGUGGUUGAUGACGAAGGCUUGGAAUUGUGGGGUGACAUUCUUAAGUUCUGGGAGGUAUGAACUAGCAGAGAAGUGGUGCAACACAGGAAUGAAGUUUCUGAAGCAUCUCAGUCCUGGUGUACAGUGUAACUACACUGAAACGAUGACAAAUACAUAUGCUGACAUCUUGGAGCAGAUAGAUAAAUCCAGAACAAGACAGAUAAAUCCAGAACCAUAGAUAUAUCCAGAACAAGACAGAUAAAUCCAGAACCAUAGAUAAAUCCAGAACAAGACAGAUAAUCCAGAAACAUAGAUAAAUCCAGAACCAUAGAUAAAUCCAGAACAAGAUAGAUAAAUCCAGAACAAGAUAGAUAAAUCCAGAACAAGAUAGAUAAAUCCAGAACCAUAGAUAAAUCCAGAACAAGACAGAUAGAUCCAGAACCAUAGAUAAAUCCAGAACAAGACAGAUAAUCCAGAAACAUAGAUAAAUCCAGAACCAUAGAUAAAUCCAGAACAAGACAGAUAAAUCCAAAACCAUAGAUUUAGAACCAUAGAUAAAUCCAGAACCAUAGAUAAAUCCAGAACAAGACAGAUAAAUCCAAAACCAUAGAUAAAACUAGAACCAUAGAUAAAUCCAGAACCAGACAGAUAAAUCCAGAACAAGACAGAUAAAUCCAGAACUAUAGAUAAAUCUGGAACAAGACACAGAUAAAUCCAGAACAAGACAGAUAAAUCCAGGGCCACAGAUAAAUCAAGCAAAUAAAAGACCAAUAAAUCCAGAACCAGACAGAUAAAUCUAGAACCACAGAUAAAUCCAAAAUGAUAGGUAAAUCCAGAACCAUUGAUGAAUCCAAAACUACAUAGAUAACUGUAGAUAAAUCCAGAACCAAACAGCUUGAGAAGUAAAAAUGUCAAAGACUGACAGAAACUUGUGCAGUUUUUCACAAGGUCAAGGACAAUAACAUUGUGUUUUUUUUGUUUGUUUUUUUAAUUAUUCUUAGUUGAUAAU